AUGCAAAAGAUCAAGAACAUCGAUCUUGCUGUAUUGGAAAAGAAUGACGAUAUCGGGGGCACCUGGUAUGAAAAUAGGUAUCCAGGCUGCGCAUGUGACAUCCCAUCUCACACCUACCAAGCUACUUUCGAACCGAACCUUGAAUGGUCACAUUUCUACGCUAGCGCAAAGGAGAUCCACAAGUACUGGAAGGGAGUGGCCCAGAAAUAUGGUGCUACGGAAAAAAUAUACGUCAAGCACAAGGUUCUUGCGGCACACUGGAAUGAUGAGCUCGGUAGAUGGGAUAUAAAAGUCCAGGUGUCAGAUGGGUCUGUGUGGGACGACUGGUGCGAUGUUUUCAUUUCUUGUGCUGGAUCUCUGAACAAUUGGAAAUGGCCAAGUAUCCCUGGUCUACAUGAUUUCAAUGGAAAGCUCCUGCACACAGCUGCAUGGGAUGAAGAAUAUGAUUACAAGAACAAAAGAAUUGCUGUAAUUGGCAACGGAUCAAGUGGUAUCCAAGUGGUACCAGCAAUGCUUCCAGACGUCAGUCACAUUGAUCAUUAUGCUCGUGGCCGAACGUGGUUAUCCCCAACCUUUGCUCGCGAGAAGCUUAAUGAGAUAGGAGGAAGUAAUAAGGACAACAUCGCUUUCAGUGCCGAGAGAAUUGCAGAAUUCAAAUCUGACCGAGCAGUAUACCAUAAAUUUAGGAAGGACAUCGAGCAUGAUCUUCAGGAUGGAUUUUGGGUAACCAUAAAAGACACACCUGAACAGCUCGCAGGCUCAGAAUUUUUCAAAGAGAAUAUGAGGCGUCGCCUAGCCAAGAAACCCGAACUGUUAGAUCAAAUGCUUCCAGAUUUCCCUCCAGGUUGCCGUCGCCUGACGCCUGGUCCGGGUUACCUCGAGGCCCUCACAGACGAAAGGGUGGACGUGAUCAAGACCGAGAUCAGUAGCAUUGAUUCAACCGGUAUAACUACAGCAGAUGGCGUGCACCGAGAAGUCGAGGUUAUUGUCUGUGCGACUGGGUUUGACACUACCUAUUUACCCCGUUUCCCUAUGACAGGUCGCAAAGGCAUCUCUCUAGCCGAGAGGUGGAAAGAUAUCCCAGAGACAUACAUUUCUCUCGCCACAAAUGAAUUCCCCAACUAUUUCAUCUGCCUUGGUCCCAAUGCCGCUCUCGGACACGGAAGUUUGACUCUAUUAAUCGAGAAGGAGAUUGACUACAUCACCCAGUGCGUCGCCAAAAUUCAACGCGAUAACAUUCGCUCAAUGGCACCUCGCAAGGAAGCUGUGGAGCGAUUUACUAAGCACUGCGAGCAACAUUUCAGCAAGACCGUAUUCAGUGAAAAGUGCCGGAGUUGGUACAAGGGUGGUAAAGAAGAUGGAAGAGUCAUCGCAGUCUGGCCUGGAUCUUCCCUCCACGCUCUGAAAACAUUCAGCAACCCCCGUUGGGAAGACUUUGAAUAUGAAUACAUCAACGAUAACCCCAACGGCUGGAUUGGCGACGGUUGGACAGCUGCCGAGAAAUUACGAUCAUUUGAUGUUAAUUAUCUAGAUGAUGAUCAGAUUGAUUUCCCGACUCCGGUUGAGAUUAAGGCCGAGGAGAAGAAAGAAGAACCGCAUGUUCAGGAGACUGCUAGCGUGGAAGAGUCAAAGAAGUCGGGUACAGUGCAUGUGGAGACCGUGACUGUAGCAGCCGCUUAG